CAAUCAAAUUCAACAAAGAUACAUCCAUCCUUAUACACAACCGUUUCCAAAAUCCCCGUUGAUCAUAUCGAUGCGAUUCAUCAUAAUUCAUAAUCUACAGGCAUCACAAUGAUCUCCAGUUUUCACAUCAAGCAAGUGCGAUGGAGUGCGCUAUUUCUAGGCCUUUCAAAUCUGUUUUUGAUGAUCAUCAGCCUCAUUUUAAUCAUCGCUGCAUAUCCAGAUUGUGCAUUUGCAGACGUUUUUCCACUUAUUGUCAUUCUGCUUGUUUCCUGUUUGAGAAUCUCCACCAUGAUUCCCAUUGCAAUCGCCCAACGAGCCACCGCUUUGACGAUUGUUAGUACCCCUACCGAAACAAGAGCUGCUGGAACCCUAAUUAGACGUCACCAGCGGAUUAGGUACAAGAAGUGGAUACGAUGGACCCGGAUUGCAUUUGUAAUUACAGUGUUGCAGUUUCUUGCAGCGAGUUAUCUUCUGAUCGAUAUUUCAAAACUUGUUCUCGAAGAGCGAACUCCGAAUGAAUGUAUAUUAGGGCUUCUUUCAACUAACACCACAUGGCUGCGUUAUAUGGUGGGGGUAUUUAUCAUCAUGGUGUGUGUUGUCACUCUGAUACAAUGCUUUUCAGGAUCUGAUGUGUUAAGAUGGAGGUCUUUCUACACAAAUGAAAACAAAGCAUGGAAACGCCAUUAUCGAGAGGUAUUUGAUCAUGGCUUGCGCGAGGCAUUGUGCUGUCUGGGACGUUUCAAAUACUUGACUGUAAUGGAGGAAGAUGAAGUGUUUUCAGUUGCACAGUUACUCGGUGACCUUGUUUCUUACCGUGCAUCUGGGAAAGGACAUCUAGAACUCUUGGCAGGCCUAGCUUUGUUGAGAAGAGAAAGCCUAAUGCCAAAAGUUCAAGAGGAAACCAUUGAGGCGCCUGAAGAAUUGAUUCAAGGAGCUGUCGAUUUUCAUCGUUUUGCUGAAGCUGCAUAUACGGGUCCUUUACUUGAUGUUGGAAGGAAUCCUAUUCUGUUUCUUUGUGCAUGGUUGUAUAGGCAAGGGGUUAUGACCCCUUGGGCUAGGAAGAGGCUUCCCAAACUCAAAGGUGACAAUUGGUGGAGAGGUCAUGCAAGAGCUUUUCUGAAAUAUGUAAAUUUGCCUGCCAAUUCACUUCGACAAGGCCGUGUCUGUCAGACAAGGUGUGAAGCCGCAUACUUUGUCGUGGUUCUCCAUGAUAUAAAAUCUGUUGUAAUUUGUGUGCGGGGAACUGAAACUCCUGAAGAUCUCUUGACUGAUGGUUUAAGUAGGGAAUGCUUGCUUGCUACACAAGAUAUAGAUGGUUUGAUAUAUGAUAAUCUUAUUCCGCCAGGUUCUACACAUUAUGGACACUCUGGUAUAGUGGAAUCUGCACGUGAUUUGUAUGAACAAAUUGAUGGAAAUUCCGAAAACAAAGAAUUCCAAGAAGGUAGAUUGCUUACUUCGUUACUGGGAGCGGGAUGCGAGUGUGAAGGGUACAACCUUCGUAUUGUGGGACAUUCCCUUGGAGGGGCUAUUGCUGCGAUGCUAGGAUUGAAGUUAUACGGACGAUAUCCUCGAUUACAUGUAUAUAGUUAUGGACCGCUUCCAUGUGUAGAUUCAGUCUUAGCAAACGCAUGUUCAGGUUUUGUGACAAGCAUUGUGUAUGAUAAUGAAUUUUCAUCACGCCUUUCGGUUGCUUCAAUUAUGAGGUUACAAACAGCUGCCAUGCUGGCACUAACAAAUGAUGCAGAUGCUGACUCAGCCAUAAUGCAUAAACUUGCACGCCGGUUUCUUUCAGUAACCAAUUAUCUGUGGAACAAACACGAGGAAGAGCCUCCAGCUUCAGGGUCAAGUUCAUCGUCAAUGAGAAGAGAAAACAAGCAUGAUAAUGAGGGUGAACCCAUGCACGUGAGAAUCCAAGAACCAGAUGAAGAUUUUAACCUUUGGGACGAUAUGGACAUGUAUGAUAGUUCAGAUGAUCAUCGUGAUGUACGCGAUCCAUCAAAUAGAUUCUCUAAUCCUUUUUACGAGUCUUCUGAUCCCGAGAACUCACGUGCUAGUUUCAUGUCGCAAUUUAUGCAAGCAAUGCCGUCACGGAAAGAUGAUUUAUCUGAAGACUUUAGAGAAAUGUUUUUGCCGGGUACAGUCAUUCAUAUAAUCCCUGAGAAUAAUAGCUUUCAUACACCUUUAUAUAAACGAUGGGCCACGCCAUCUCGACACUGUGGAUAUGAAGCUUAUGUGGCGAAUCGGGAAGCCUUCAUGGAUAUAAUUGUAUCACCUGUUAUGUUCAUUGACCACCUCCCAUGGAGAUGCUCCCAUGCUCUAAAGAAGAUACUGGAAAAGCGAAAGCGUCAACGAGCCUCGGAUGAUGUGGGUAUGAGUCCAUGAUUCCGUCUUGCGUUAAUGCCCAUCUAUAAUCUAAAGUCUGUUAUAUUUCAAACCGACCCUGCGGUUUUAACAACUGACUACAAGAAACGCACCCUUCCAUCCGAGAUCACGAUUCGAAUGGACUUUGUGUAAACUCUAUUCGUGUAAAUUCCAAAGUAGGAUAUUCAUUUUCUGUUUUGUACCCUGAACCUUGACUCGGCCCUAUGAUAGAUUGAGGAAUUUCACAGGGGCUCAAAAGUCAAAAGUAAUUACAGUAA